AUGUUCCUUAGCCGCCGAGCUUUGAUACGUGCUGUUCGGUAUCCGUCGGCUGAGCUUGACUAUGCCAAGCACAUGCCAAAGGAAUACGUAGAAAAGGCAAAACGAACGGUACCUCGAAAAAUCUAUGAUAAUCGUUUUGGUGCUCCACCCCUAAUUCGUUAUUUCCGGCCUCCAGAUGACUACGUUCCUGGUAAAGGAAGGCCAUGGGAAGUAGAACCGAUGUCUAAGAACAUUGAUAGGGCUGCUGCUUAUCACCAGAAAAUGACAGCACAAAAGUUCUUCAAUAGAAACGAAAAAAAUGUUGAAGAGUUACCUGACGAGAAAUGGACAAUUUUUCCUGGCGAUUUAGUACAAGUAAUGGUUGGGAAAGAUAAAGGGAAACAAGGCUUUGUACAAAAAGUUCUUAGAGAAAGUAAUAGCGUUUACGUGGAGGGUCUCCACAGAACUUUGUCAAAAGAUGUAAAAAACGCUAAGAGUAUGGGGAUAAGGGAGAACUUUUCAUGGAAGGAGCAACCUCUGGAUGCGUCCAAGAACCAAGUUAAACUUGUUGAUCCAAACACCAAUGAGGCUUGUGAUGCCAUUUGGGUGUUAAAUGAUUCGAAGACUGAAUACCUUAGAAUCAGUGCUCAAAGUGGUUUUGAAAUACCAAUUCCGAGCCAAGCAUAUGUUACUUAUGAGUACCUGAAGCCUGACGCUUACAUUGAGGUUGUUGAAAAAGACACUCCCGCUGCCGAUGUUUUAGAGCGGACAUAUACUCCGAAACUCUCCUCAUUUGAAGAAGAAAUUAUGGAAGAAAUGGGUAUAAAAGACGACCGGGUUCCAAAACCGACAUACUGGUAUUGA